GAUGCAGUCGCGCUUACGGUUUCCGAGGGUGAGCAUGUGGCCCAAGUAGGGAGGCUUCUUAACUCCUUCGUCGCGUGCACGCCGUCGCGAGUGGCUUUUCCCUCGGCUCGACCGCGAUUCCUCCGUUACGUAACAUUCCACCCGGCUCCUGCUAACAAAGCCUCCGUCGUCUUGCCUCGUACCCACCAACUGACAAGAGAACAAUGUCCUUCUCCAAAGCGCGAAUUCAACGUUUCAACGAACUGCCGAGCGAAGUACCUCCGCCUGGUGCUUACGAUCCAAAAUUCGGCAGCAACGUGUCAGGCUCGAUCGCGAAGAAGACCGGUAGGUUGAACGAUGCGAAGAGUACGACGAGCAGCGGCGCCGAGUACAGUGCCUCGGUGUCCAGCCGCAGCACCAGCAUCAAGCAAUUCAGAACGCCGCAAUUGCCCAAGAAACGUGUGUUUGUAAAGCCAACUGGAACGAGUUGUCCACGCGCAAGAACAAAAUUAUACGCCGAACAAAAUAAUUUGCAAUCCAAAUACGGGACUGACCAAGAAUUAUCUGACUUGAGGGUUGAGUGCGCUAAUAAAGACAAAACUCUUCAUGAAUAUGAGAAGCAGAUAGACGACAUGAGAGCCGAAUUUCAAGAUCUUACUGAGAAAUAUAAGACUUUGCAGAAUGACAAUUCACAAGUGGAAAAACAGCAUCGAAAUGAAAUUGAGUCGAUGUUAUCUUUUAUUUUGAAAAGUCAGGAAGAAGAAAUGUAUGAGAAGAGGAAAAUUGAAGAAGAGUUUAAGAGAACGAUUAGCAAUUUAGAACGUCAAUUACGAAAGCAAAAAGAACAAGAUGAAUUAAUUAAUCAAAUGACGAAGCUCGAAGUAGCGACCAUAAAGUUGGAUAAAAUACACGAAGAUAUGAAUGAUACGUUGGAUACGAAAGACUUGCAAGUGACGGAUAUUUUGAAAUUUCAAUCAAAAACAGAGCACACGUUAACUAACGUACAAAUAGAGCUGCAAAAAUCAGAAAAUCAAGUAGCUAACUUUGAGGAUAGUUUUCAUAGUAUCGAUAAUGAUAAUAAUCCUGCGAUUUUAACAAUCGAUCCACAACUGAUUGGAGAAAUGACUGGAGUACUACAAGAAUAUAUCGAUUAUGAUAAUUCCGAUGGAAAGUGGAACGUUAAAAGUAUGUCCUUCCAUCCAGAUGUUGAAAGGUUUCUUAAAACAAUUAGAACAUUUAUUGUAAAAUUAAAGUUAGCGUACGAACAUGAAGCAGAAUUAUCGAGAGAUAAUUUCAAUGAAGAACGAGAAAAUCUUGAGCAGAAACUCGAGACCAAUCGAACAAUCGUAACAGAUUUAAAACAUAAAUUAACAGAAACUAAUGAAACUAAUAGAUUUUUAACGGAGGAACUUCAAGACGUACAAGACUUAUACAAAGAUAUGAACUGUACUAUGAGUGAGAUGAAAACUCAGUUGGAAUUGGCAAAUGAUAAGUACACUAAAGAAUUAGCAGUGCAUAAAACUGAACUAGAAUUGAUAUCAAAAAGAAAUAUAGAAGAACGAACGAAAUUAAAGGAUUUACUAGAGGAAGCUAGAAGCGAAUACUUGAAAGAGCUUGAUAAUAUGACAUCAGCUAGAAACGAGGAACUUUCUGAGGUGAAACAGGCAAUGGAGAAGAGAAUAGAAGAUGAAAAAAAACGAAUGAAAGAGGGUGGAAAUAAAAUGGUCGAAAAUGCAGAAGCAAUUACAAGAGAAACUUUAAACGCGUGUAGAGCUGAAAGUGAGGAAAGAGUAAAAAGAGUAAUUGCCGAAACUGAUGCAUUGACGCGAGAAGCAAAAAAUGUUUCUGAAGAAGAAUUGCGUAAAGCCACUGAGAAAUAUAAUUGUCGAUUGGAUCACUUGGAAAAUGAGAAAGAUACUUUAACUACGAAAUUGGGACAACAAGAUGUGGAAAUAAUUCAAUUAACAGCGGCAUUGGAGGAAAUGAAGUGUACAGCUGAAACGCAAGAAAGUUUUAGUCAAAGUUUGCAAGCUGAAUUAGACCGCGCUGAAGCAGAACUGAUGGAAAAGAAAGAAGAGUUAAGAAAUCUAAAAGAUCAGAUCCGUAUGGAAUCGGCUGAAAUGGUUGCUAGAAGACGUCGCUUCGAUGUUGUGAUGUCUGAAAAUCAAGCAUCCGUUGCCGCUUUAACUCAUAGACUUGCACAAAGUGAAGCUGAAGUUGAAAGACUGCAAAAAGAAUUGCAAACUAACGAAGGUUCUCUGACGGGAUAUUGCGAUUUAUUUGAGUCGAUUGUACAAGAUUCUAAAAUGGUACAGGAAGAACUGCAUUCAAUUACGAAUAAAGUUGAAGAAAAAGUGGAUAUUAUUAAUCAAUUGGAAGUACAAAGCGUAACUGAAAUUAACACAGCCAAGACAGCAUUUAAUGCGAAAAUAGAAAAUUUAAAGAGUGUUACGAUACAUGAACUUAGUAAAGCUCAGAAGGAAUGUAAAUCAAAGUGUGAACAAAUUAUUGAGUUAAAAGGAAAUCUCUGCCAAAUGUCUGAUAGACUGAGCGAGGCGAUGAAUAUGUUAUUGAAAUUAGAAGAAAUAAAUGACGGUCAAUCAAUCGAACUAUCUCAAUUAGAAUUGCAAAAUAUUAAACUUCAGCAGCAGUUGGAUAAUAAAAAUCAAAUAAUUGAGGGAAAUGGUCUUUCGUUUACGACACAAUUACAGUGUAAUAUAACUGAAAUGACCGAAAUGAACCAACAGUUGUCAAAGCUGACGAAAGAAAUAAAAAUUCUUAAAGAGAAUAGAGAUGAAAUUGAGAAAAGAAAAUACGACUUUGAUGAAUUGCGACUUAAAUAUGAUGACGAAAUUAGCGUAUUAACAAAAGGUCUUGAAAGUGAACAAAUUGAGAGAGAAAAGCUUGAAAAGCAAGUGAAAGAAUAUGAACGAAUUUGUGAACAUUUAAAAGAUCAGUGCAAACAAGUUUCGGAUAAAUAUACAGAAACAAUUAAUCAGAAUAAUCACAAACAGAGGAUAAAACAAAUGUCUCAAUUACAGGAAAAAAUAGAUAUUCAACAGGUUGAUCUUCUUCGAUUGCGACAGGAACUUGAAUCAAAAAGUGAUCUCAUCAACGAACUUCAUCAGGCCAAUGAAAAGCUAAAGUUUGAUGAACGACGUCAACUUGGAUUGGGAAAAGAAAAUAUGCAUGUCAUUUCAUCUCCUCACAAGACAUUGUUUCCCAAAAGUACAAAUACAACUCCAGUCGCUUCACCCCAUAAGCCACAUACACCUCUUCGUGAUAGGAAUGACUGAUGUCAGAAAAAAAUUCUUAUCUUAUUUUAAAAUCUUUUUAUAUCCUAUUAAUGCAUAUGAGUCAUGUGUAACAUGCAGAGAACGAUGACAGACCGAAGAUGAUUCUUCUAUUUGUUAUGUUACCUAUGCGUCUUUUAAAAUCUG